AUGUCACUUAGAUCCAUAGCUAAAAUCGUCACUUCAAAACAAAAAACUGAAGGUUCAGGAGCAAUUGUACAUCGAUCAAUGGGUAUUUAUGGACAACGGAAAUAUAAUCCAUUCUUAUUAUUUGACCAUUUUAUAGGUGCAAACAACCAUGGAUUUCCAGCCCAUCCUCAUCAAGGGCACGAAACAAUCACUUAUGUUUUAAAUGGAGCAGUUGCUCAUGAAGAUUUUACUGGGGCCAAGGGAAUGCUUUAUAAAGGGGAUUUGCAAUUUAUGACUGCUGGUAAAGGGAUAAUGCAUUCUGAAAUGCCAGUAUCAAAAGACGACGAGUCACCCACCGUGGGACUACAAUUAUGGGUUGAUUUACCUGAAGAUAAACGAAAUAUAGAACCUAAUUAUCGAGAUUUAAGAGAAUGGGAAAUACCUGAAGUUAUCGUUGAUGAUGGUAAAGUUACAGUUAAAGUUAUUUCUGGUAAAAGUCAUGGAAUAGAAUCAAUCAAACAAUUGGCAUACAUUCCCAUUGAUUACUUCCACUACAAGAUAAAACCUGGAGGUCAAUUCAAACAAGAAUUGAGAUCUGAUUUUAAUUAUUUUUUGUAUGUGAUCAGAGGAACUACACUUGAAUUAAAUGACAAUACAACAGCUGAACAAUAUCAAAAUGUAUAUUUUGAAGAAACUGGAGAUUUUGUUAUUGGUAAAAAUGUCAGUACAAAGCCUGACGAGGAAGUAGAGUUUGCAAUAAUUGGUGGUAAAAAACUAGAUCAAGAUGUCUACGUUUUUGGGACAUUUGCGGCUGAUACUGAAGAAAAUAUGAAGAGUGGAUUCCAGGAUUUUAAGAACCAACGUAAUGGAUUUGAAAAAAUUAAAACUUGGAAGUCAUUGAUUAGUAAAGGUGUAACUCAAGAAAUGAUCGAUGGUCCUUUGAAUGGAAAUUUAGAAUUACGUGAAAAGAAUAAGAAUGACUAUUUGAAAAGUGUGGAAACUCGUGAAAAUAUACUUGUGUAG